GGCUUUCACACAUUGCAGACGAUGUGUGGCUGUGAGCUCCAGGCUGAUGGGAACAAAGGAGGGUUUAUGCAGCAUGGCUACGAUGGGAGGACCUUCAUCACCUUUGACAAGGAGACCCUCACCUGGGUGGCUCCCCAACCCCAGGCCCAGAUCACCCAGAGGAAAUGGGAUGCUGAUCCAGCACAAAAUCAGUACAGUAAGGCCUACCUGGAGAAGGAAUGCAUUGAGUGGCUGGAGAAGUACCUGUCCUACGGGAAGGAGACGCUGCUGAGGACAGAGCCCCCAGAGGUGACCAUGAGCAGCAAGACGGAGGUGGAGGAUGGGAUGGAGACGCAUGUCUGCCGCCUGCAUGGCUUCUACCCCAGGGAGAUCGAUGCCUCCUGGACGAGGGACGGGGAGGUCUGGCUGCAGGACACCCUCCGUGGCUCUGUGGCCCCCAACGCGGAUGGGACCUUCCACGCCUGGCUCAGCAUCCGGAUUGAUCCCAAAGAGAGGGGCCGCUAUCGGUGCCACGUGGAGCAUGAUGGCCUGCAGGAGCCUCUGGACGUGGCCCUGGAGGAACUAAAUCUGGGGCUUAUCAUCGGCUGUGUUGUGGCUGGCCUUGUCUUGGUGUGUGCAAUUGUUGGGAUCUUGGCUUUUAUUUACAUUCUCAAGAGACAUCAAGAUGACCACAAUGCAACACCGAGUGAAUUGUCCUCUUUACAAGUAAUCGCCAACUUAGAGCAGGGACCAGAGGCACCGUCACUUGAGAGGAAGUGAGGAAGGAUCCAGCAGUUCCAGCCAGGUACCAGUGGACACUCCCAGCA